UUCUAUGUUAUUGUUUGGUAUUUUGAAAAGUUCGAAGUGAAUUACAUGAGACGGAUACUUAUUAGUUGAAUUAAAUAUUGUAUUGUUUUUAGUCUGCAGUUCAAAUAUGAGUAAAAGAAAGGCCCAAUCUAGUGAAAACAACCCUAAUCAUGAUAUUUGCGAAUUAUUACUGGAGUUGGCUGAUUAUGAGCGAAAUGUUAGUCGCAAUAUCCACAAGUAUAAUGCAUACCGUAAAGCAGCGUCAACUCUUGCGGCACACCCUACACGUGUCAAAUCUGGUGCAGAAGCUCGAAAGCUGCCGGGAGUGGGAGAAAGAAUUGCCAAAAAGAUAGAUGAGUUCCUGGAGACAGGGAAGCUGCGGAAAGUGGAAAAUAUUAGAAAUGAUGAUUCUUCAAAAGCAAUAAAUGAGUUAACAAGAGUUUCAGGCAUAGGACCAGCAAAAGCAAAAGAACUUGUUGAUUCUGGUAUUAAAAGCAUUGAAGAUUUGAAGAAAAACAAAGAGAAGCUUAAUCAUCACCAGCUUAUUGGACUGAGGUACUUAGAAGACUUUGAGAAGAGAAUACCCAGGGAAGAGAUCCAACAGAUUGAAGCUGUAAUUAAGAAACAACUUGCUGACAAUGAUGAAAAGUAUGUGGCAACUAUAUGUGGAAGUUACAGGAGGGGAAAGGCAGAUAGUGGAGACAUCGAUGUACUAGUGACUCAUACUGACUACAUGUACACCACCAGAGAUAAGAGCCACAACAAAUCAAAAGUGUUCAAAGAUGUUGUUGCGUCACUGGAGAAAUGUGGUCUCAUUGUUGAUACCAUUUCACAAGGUGACAGUAAAUUCAUGGGUGCAUGCAGGUUGUCCGGAGUUCAAAAGACACCCAAAGAGACACCAGUGAGACGACUGGACAUCCGUUUUAUACCAUAUGAUCAGUUCUACUGUGCUAUCCUGUAUUUCACAGGUUCAGACUUGUUCAACAAAGAGAUGAGAACACAUGCUCUGUCAAAGGGCUUUACACUGAAUGAAUAUUCAUUACGCCCUGUUGGAAGCACAGACAAGGAAAGGUUGUCUGGAGACAGCUCUCUGUUGGUCCAGUAAUUCUUGUUACUUCCAUUUCUUACACAGGUGGAAGUGUGGCUGGUGAACCGAUUCCCAUUACUAGCGAGGAGGACAUUUUUAACUGCAUUGACUUUAAGUAUAGGAAACCAGAAGAAAGAGACUGGUGAACAGAACUGCUCAGGACAGCUCUAGAGUACACUGAUGUACUUAUAUAAUAGGAAUAGAAACCCAGUACUUAUUCAUGUCUUUGCUUAAAACUUUCGAUUGCGAGAUUGUCUGAUAAACUGUAUUAAUGUAGCACAUUGUAAUAACUGAAAAAUUUUUAAUACAAGGUUUAUGAACAUCCAAAAUAA